GAGACUGCUGGGUGGUGGUGUGUGUCCCUGACGUCACCCUCUGGGCCUCUGGAUAGGAUGAUUCUGGCUACUCCCAUUCAGGCUGCUGUCCAGUGCUGCUUUAUUAACGGGGCUGUCAGGGUCUCCAUAGCUCUGCAAAUUGCCUCCCUUUCUGCUCCUCCUGCUCCCCCUUUUCCUGCCCUCCCCCACCUCCACCCAAUAGGAUUUUUCUUUCCACUGCCCCUUUUCUGUUUUGGCUCCAGACUGUCAUUAAGAAUGCACAGCCCAAUUCUGGUAUGUCGCGGGAUGCUCUUCUACCCAGUGUUCUGGAAGGGCAGGGAGGCAUGGCAGCGUUUCACUUGACGUUGAUGGCGCUGUGAAGUCUGUUCCUUCCUCUGCAAGAAUACUGACUAUGCAGAAAUUUAUCGAGGCGGAUUAUUAUGAACUAGACUGGUAUUAUGAAGAAUGCUCUGACGUUCUCUGUGCUGAAAGAAUCGGCCAGAUGACUAAGACGUACAAUGACAUAGAUGCUGUCACUCGGCUUCUGGAGGAGAAAGAGCGGGAUUUGGAGUUGGCUGCUCGGAUUGGCCAGUCGUUGUUGAAGAAGAACAAAACACUAACAGAGCGGAACGAGCUGCUGGAGGAGCAGGUGGAGCACAUCAGGGAGGAGGUAUCUCAGCUCCGCCAUGAGCUGUCCAUGAAGGAUGAGCUGCUUCAGUUUUAUACCAGUGCAGCGGAGGAGAGCGAGCCUGAGUCUGUCUGCUCAACCCCGCUGAAGAGAAAUGAGUCGUCUUCCUCAGUCCAGAGCUACUUUCAUUUGGACUCCCUUCAGAAGAAGCUCAAGGACCUGGAAGAGGAGAACGUCGCGCUUCGAUCUGAGGCCUGCCAGCUGAAGACAGAGACCAUCACCUACGAAGAGAAGGAGCAGCAGCUGGUCAACGACUGUGUGAAGGAGCUGAGGGAUGCCAAUGUCCAGAUUGCCAGUAUCUCAGAGGAGUUGGCCAAGAAGACGGAAGAUGCUGCCCGCCAGCAGGAGGAGAUCACACACCUGCUGUCGCAGAUUGUGGACUUGCAGAAAAAGGCAAAAGCUUGCACAGUGGAAAAUGAGGAGCUUGUCCAGCACCUGGGGGCUGCCAAGGAUGCCCAGCGGCAGCUCACAGCUGAGCUUCGAGAGCUGGAGGACAAGUACGCAGAGUGCAUGGAGAUGCUCCACGAGGCACAGGAGGAGCUGAAGAACCUGCGGAACAAGACCAUGCCCAACACCACGCCCAGGCGCUACCAUUCCCUGGGCCUGUUCCCCAUGGACUCCUUGGCAGCGGAGAUUGAGGGAACCAUGCGCAAGGAGCUGCAGUUGGAAGAGCUCGAGUCUCCAGACAUCACCCAUCAGAAGCGUGUCUUUGAGACUGUGAGAAAUAUCAAUCAGGUUGUCAAACAGAGAUCUCUGACUCCUUCCCCCAUGAACAUCCCCGGCUCCAACCAGUCCUCUGCCAUGAACUCCGUCUUGUCCAGCUGUGUCAGCACUCCCCGGUCCAGCUUCUAUGGCAGUGAUGUUGGCAACAUUGUCCUGGAUAACAAGACCAACAGCAUCAUCCUGGAAACUGAGGCAGCUGACCUGGGGGCCGAGGAGCGUGGUAAGAAGCCGGGCACGCCAGGCACGCCAGGCUCGCACGACCUGGAGACGGCGCUGCGGCGGUUGUCCCUGCGCAGGGAGAACUACCUGUCGGAGAGGCGGUUCUUCGAGGAGGAGCAGGAGCGCAAGCUGCGGGAGCUGGCGGACCGGGGCGCGCUGCGCAGCGGCUCGGUGACGCCCACCGAGAGCAUCAUGUCGCUGGGCGCGCACUCGCGCCUCUCCGAGCUCACCGGCUUCUCGGGCAUGUCCUUCAGCAGCCGCUCCUACCUGCCCGAGAAACUGCAGAUCGUCAAGCCUCUGGAAGGUUCUGCCACCCUUCACCACUGGCAGCAGCUGGCCCAGCCUCACCUUGGGGGCAUCCUGGAUCCCCGGCCCGGUGUAGUUACCAAGGGCUUCCGGACGCUGGACGUUGACCUGGAUGAAGUGUACUGCCUUAACGACUUUGAAGAAGAUGACACAGGUGACCACAUUUCUCUCCCGGGCCUAGCUACCUCCACGCCAGUUCAGCACCCAGAGACCUCAGGUGAGAGGUCCCGAGCACGCGUGACUGUCUCAGGCAGCAGAAGUUACCCGAGCCGGCCUCAGGCUUCCCCAGAGGAGAUGCAGGAGCCGCCAGCCAAGCAGGAGGAGGAGGAGGAGGGGUCUGGUGAGGGCACCUCCAUAAGUCCUGUAAACCUGGCACCUUUACCGGAGGCAGAGUUCUGGGCCAUCCUCACCUCUGUUCCGGGCACCAUCCGUAGUGGCUCUCUGUCUGUAGCGUCCGCUCGUCCGUGUGGGUGAUGAUGAACGCAUUCCCGUUGUCUUAACCUGGAGUCUGGUGCCUCCUUGUAACUAAUGGGCAUGGCCCCUGCCCUUCUUAGAGGUGCAUGGCCCAGCAGGGCUCUAAAAGUGGGAGCAGGAGAGGCUGCUAAAAAGAAGUGGGUUAUUGGGUCCCAAGGACAAAUUGUCCUUUCUCCUGGUGUGGUGUUGCCCUGUGUCUGAGGGGCAGAUUCCCCAGAUCCAGUGAUUUCCAAGCAGAGCUGAGCCAGGCUAUUCUGAGGAAAUUAGGAGUGCAGGGUCAUUCUAAAGGUGAAACAGUGUGGUAAAAUCAGAAAGAAGCCCAGAAAAUGGUCAGGACCUGCUACACCUGAUGGGUGAGCCGUUUGACUUCGCUAAUGUCAGUGAAGGCGCAUAUGUUAUUCUUCCAAGUGCUCAAGGUCAAGUUUUAAAAGUAUUCUAGUAAUAAUACUCCUUAUGCAAACUAUCCACGAGAGAACAUCCACAGACAGCACUCUAGAAGAUACUGGAAAAGGUGCUCUGGGUACUCCCCUGCCCCACCCCUGAGCAUUAAAGGUGUGACCACGGGUGUGCAGAUGACCCAUGUCCAGUUACCACUGGGACAAAAAGCUUCAGGCCCAGAGCUCCCAGGGACCCGUGGGUCACUUGGUUACUGCUGGCCGGAUUUGCAGAGAGCUCCCUGGACCUCCCGGCCCCCUGCACUGGGAAGGCAGUGAGUUCUUAUGGGCUGGUCGGGGGGGGGGGUGGACCAGGAAAAAUGAUUCACCCCAGUGUUAUCUUCACAAUAUUCCCAAACCACCAGCUUUGAAGAAGGGGUGUUUAUCUUUGUUAUUGAUAAUUUUCAUUUGCAAAGACCACAACAGUCCCCAUGAAAUAAAGAUAGGAAACAGUAAAGAAUCUGGGUGAUGUCUUCCAUCCCC